AUGCACGCACUCCGCCACAGGCUGGUUCCCACUGCCAUGAUCUCUGCCGCUUGUAAUCUGUCAUCACUGGCUCUCGUACCUGUUAGAAACCCUAGAUUAUCAAUAUCUCACAAUCCAUUACUUCCCAAUGCAACUAACUUCACGAACAAGCUUUCUCUCUCCCCCCGCUUCCCUAAUGCUUCCGUUCGGUGCUUCGCCGCCGCCGCCGCCGCCGCCGGAAAAGUUCGCGUUCAGAACCCUAUCGUCGAAAUGGAUGGUGAUGAGAUGACGCGAGUUAUAUGGAGUAUGAUUAAAGACAAGUUGAUAUUUCCGUAUCUGGAACUGGAUAUAAAGUAUUUUGAUCUGGGAAUACUAAAUCGCGAUGCAACUGAUGAUAAAGUAACUGUAGAAAGCGCGGAAGCCGCCCUUGAGUACAAUGUUGCCAUAAAAUGUGCUACAAUUACCCCAGGUUACUUUCAUUCCAGUAUUUUGCUACAUUUGAUAAUUCUUAUGAUAAUUAUGAAAACAAUAUGUAAUUUUAUUGUUGUUUCAGAUGAGGCUCGGGUGAAGGAAUUUGGACUAAAAGCUAUGUGGAGAAGUCCCAACGGCACAAUAAGAAACAUUUUAAAUGGAACUGUCUUCCGCGAGCCUAUCCUAUGCCAAAAUAUUCCCAGAAUUGUUCCUGGCUGGAAAAAACCGAUUUGUAUUGGCAGACAUGCAUUUGGUGACCAAUAUCGUGCCACUGACACAAUAAUACAAGGACCUGGAAAGCUUAAAAUGAUUUUUGCUCCAGAAAAUGGGGGUGAACCCUUAGAACUGGAUGUAUAUGAUUUUAAAGGUCCCGGUGUGGCCCUUGCUAUGUAUAAUGUUGAUCAGUCUAUUCGAGCAUUUGCGGAAUCAUCAAUGGCAAUGGCGUUUGGGAAGAAGUGGCCUCUCUAUUUGAGUACAAAAAAUACCAUUCUUAAGAAAUACGAUGGCAGGUUUAAGGACAUAUUUCAGGAGGUGUAUGAAGAAAAAUGGAAGGACAAAUUUGAAGAACAUUCUAUAUGGUAUGAGCAUCGUUUGAUUGAUGACAUGGUUGCCUAUGCUGUGAAAAGUGAAGGUGGAUAUGUCUGGGCAUGUAAAAACUACGAUGGAGAUGUCCAAAGUGAUUUACUUGCUCAAGGAUUUGGUUCUCUUGGGCUCAUGACUUCCGUUUUGUUGUCUGGUGAUGGUAAAACAUUAGAAGCUGAGGCAGCUCAUGGUACUGUGACCCGUCAUUUUAGGCUGCAUCAAAAAGGACAAGAAACCAGCACCAAUAGUAUUGCUUCCAUCUUUGCUUGGACACGCGGAUUAGAACAUAGAGCAAAGCUUGACGGAAACGAGAAGCUGUUAGAUUUCACUCACAAGCUGGAAGAAGCAUGCAUCGAGACAGUAGAAUCUGGAAAAAUGACGAAGGAUCUUGCUAUUUUAAAUCACGGACCAAAGGUGUCGAGAGAGUUCUAUUUGAACACUGCAGAAUUCAUUGAUGCUGUGGCGUUUAAUCUCGAGUCAAAGCUUCGUUCUCCAGCUUUUGUUUGA